AAAAAAGAAGACUAUUCUUUGUAUGUACAUGAAACAUGCCAGACGAAAAACAGGAGUCGUAAUUAGAGGCAUAAGGUACACUCCCUACCGUAAUAAAAAAUGAAAAUCUAUAAGUAGAUAUACGUGAUGAAGAGCUGGUAGGUCAUUUAUCUCGUAGUUAAGCUUAUAAUACAUUAUAUUUCAGCCUGACGUUCCCACUCCAUCACAAAUACCGAUAGCAAAUCUGUUCUCUAACAUAGAUUAUAUGGCUGGUCCAGCUGUUACAGACAGAUCCUUUAUUAAAUUCAAAAAUAACAAUCAAGGAAAAAAUCAAAAGACUACAAUAGCACGUAACAGGUCGAAAAUGAGUGAUGCUGAUUACAUGGCUUAUGUAGCAUCUGCCAUCGAAGAUGGACUAGAUAAAAUGACACAACACAUAAAGAAAAGGGACUUCGAAAAAUUGUACUCGGACAUGAUCUCAAGCCCCACGAAAGCCGCGAGAAAAGAACGCUCCAAGUUCUUGGAAAAGAAACCUUUGUUCCCAAAUUCCUUUGAUAAGAAGUUCGCUUACAAAAACUCGUCCUCGUACCUCGAUAGCAAACCGCCACAUAUUCAGAAAAACGAAUUCCGUACGAGCACACCGAAAGCGGAUUCUGCCCUGAGUUUCACCAACGUGCGUGAACUGAAGCCACCACAGGGCGGCCAUGUUUACGGAGAAGCCCAAUACGCGUACCACACAGCUUCGAACAUCAACGGCCAGAAGUCAGAGGACGCUGGGGGCCACAAGAUUAUCAACAACGAUGGCAAAGUCAAAGAAUUUGAUUUUACACCCAAACCGAUAUCCGGACCUGUGAGUUAUUAUUAG